UAAUCUUAGAUUAAGAGUUCUUUAACCAUAGAUCUUAUAAAUAUUUAGAUUUAUAAAUAAUUAAUGUUUAUAAAUCAUAAGAGAUCAAUGACUUCAGCAUAGCUGGACACUUAUUAUCCAUCAUUGUUAUCAUAUGUGAUAGUAAUAAAUGAACCAUAAUUCUGUUAUUGAUUAACAUAAUGUUUUUAGUAAAUUGGACCUAAAAAAUUAUAUAAAUAAUAUUUUUUUUUGAAAAAUUCAAAUUUUAUUAUAUCUAGUUAAAUUUAAAACAAAAUUAAGUAACCAAGCUCUGUUUUCUGUUAUUUUACUUGUAAUAUUUUUUCUAAGCAUAAGAUUGAUGAUAUUUUGGAAUUAAUUAUCAAUAAAAUUUUUAAUUAACCACACUUUAAAAAUUAGUUCAAUGCAAGUGAAACAAAUUCUUGAAUCGCUCAUAAAUAUUUUUUGAUAUAAUCAACAUAAAAUAUAACAAGAUGGAUAAAAUUAAUGUAAAACAACAAUUGAAACGUGCUAAAGAAGAGUUCAUUAAAAAAGAUUUUAUUGAAGUAGCUAAAAUAUGUAAAACUGUGUUGGCUUCAGAACCAAACAAUAUUUCUGGCUUGAUUUUGUAUGGUGCUACCUUAUUAGAAAUACCAUCAAAAAAAGAUGAAUCCAUACAAUAUUUUCAAAAAGUAAUUGAAAUAAAUCCCAAUAAUUUGUUUGCUUGGCAAGGUGUUGAACAAUACUAUGAAAAGUGCGAUAGGCUAGUUGUAUCUCCUCAACUUUUCUAUACAUAUGCAAAUUUGUUAUGUUUAGAAACUGAUGAAACCAAGUGUAUUACUAGAGCAAAAAAAGCUAUAGAUUUGUGGAAAAAUUAUAAGACAAAGUUGGACAUGAAUCUUUUUAUUAAUAUGGUAUUGUCCAAAAUAGAAACUGAAGAAAUGACUCCUCAAAUUUUAGCAAUUUGUAGAGUUCUUGCAGAAUUUCCAUUUACUGAAGAAACUAAUACCUUAGAUAAACACCUAGAAAAAAUUUAUACUGCAUUGUGUGAAGAUAAUAACUAUAAUGAUAGAUUUGAAGUCUACUGUAAACUUAUUCCAGUUUUAAAAUCAAAAGGAAAAAGACAAGAAAUAGUUGAUACUUGUGAAAAAAUGUUAUCACUAUAUAAUAAUAAUGCAAUAGCAAUUAAUUUUUUUUGUGAUUCUUUCAUUAGUAAUUACAUUAAGACUGUAAUAGAUCCUGAGGAAAGUUUAAUAAAAUUAGUGGACAAAAUGAGUACUAAAGUUUGGGAAAGGUGUGAAGUUUUGCUUCUAGCACAACCAACUAAUCCAAAUUCAUUAAUAGCUAAAAGUAUUGUUUUGACUCUUCAAAAAAAAUAUGAAGAAAGUCGAAAAAUGUUACAAAAAGUUUUACAAGUAACUAAUCGCUCUUGGCAGGCGUGGUUUUUACUUACAGAAAUUCAAGUCAAUAUUCACUUCUACAAAGAUGUAGUUCGGUGUGUGCAACAAGCAAAAAAAAUUAUAAAACCUACUUUUUCUUGUUAUGAAACAAUGGUAAUAUGGGAAAUAGAAGCUUAUUGUUUUUGCUUACAAUUUCUACAUGGUCGCCAACUAGCUAUUCAUUUGUUGUCCGAAAAAUAUUCUAUUAAUUUAAAUAAGUGUAUAAUUAUUGCCAGUUGUAAUCUUAAAGAUCAAGAAACUGCCAAAAAGUAUUUAAAUAUAUUAAAAAAUAAUUGUGAUAAUAAUGAUUAUUAUUUAUUAUUAGAAGGAUAUUACUUUAGCCGAUUUGGGCAACUUGAUGAUGCUUUAAAUACUUUAAAAAUUAUUGAAAGUUCUUCAGUUGACAUGAAGUUGUUAUUAGGAAAUAUAUUUUGGGAAAAGGGUUGUUUUGCAGAAGCUGGUAAACUUUAUCUAGAAGCUUCACACAGUGCACCAUUUAGGUGUGAUCUUAUUACUAAACUAGGAAAUUUUUAUAAACAAAUACAAAAUUUUUCUAUUGCUAUAGCUUGCUAUGAAAGAUCUAUUAUGUUAAAUCCGGAUGAUGAAGAAACAGGAAUUUCACUAUCUGAUCUUUAUAUUUCUUUUUCUAAAAAUGAAGAACAUGAAAAUUUAUUACAUUUUUUGAAAACUUCAAUUAAUGUAAAAUGGGCUUCUUUUAGAUUAGGUUUAUAUUAUUUAAAAUUGAAAAAUUAUGAAAAAGCUGUGGAUAAUUUUCAACUUUCUACAAAGUAUGAUCCAAAAAAUGCACUUAAUUAUGAAUGUCUUGGAGAUGCCCUUUUUGGGCGUAAAUCAUUUAUUGCUGCAAAACAUACUUACAAUAAAUGUUUAGAACUUAAUCCGACUCUUUUAUACCCAAAAUUACAAGUUGCUAAAAUUGAAUAUCAAAUUGGACUAUUAGACUCAAGUAUUCAACUUUACAAUAGUAUUAUUAAUGUAUACCCUAAUGAGUUAAUUGCAUUAUUAGAAACUUCUAAAAUAUUUUUAGAACAUGCUAAACAUAUUUCAAAUAAUCAAGUAAAUAGAAGUUAUGACCUGUGUAAAAAUGUAAGUUUAUACUUACAUAGAGCAUUACAUAUAGAUAACCGACAUGUAUUAACUUGGAAACUAUUUGGAGAUUUAUGUAUGCUAGUUGUUACAAUGCCAGAAAAAUUAUCAUGCUUAACUUUACCUUGGAAUGUAUUUGAUAAUAGUCAAAAAAUGUAUGAAAUAAAAGAUUUACAAUUAUAUACCUACUCACGUAGGUGUUAUACUCAGGCUUUAAAUAUAACUAUUAAAAAAUCUUCAUUGAAUUCAGCCCAAAAGUAUAUUUGGUACGAUUUAGCUAAAUGUUAUUUAAAACAUGCACAGAACUCAUUUAGUGAACAACUACAACAAAUGGAAUUUAAGUUAAAAGCGAAACAAGCUAUUAAGAAAUGUUUAUCAUUGGAUAGUAAAAAUAAAGACUUUUGGAAUACUUUGGGGUUAAUUGAGACAAUCGAAGAGUCUGAUAAUGAAUACUUUAGUUAUAUUUGCUUUGUUAAGUCCCUUGAAUGUGAUUUGAAUGCUAUUGCUUACAAUAAUUUAGCUGUUAAAUGUGCUAUUCAUAAUAAUGUAGAUUUAGCACAAGAGGCAUACAAUUUGAGUCAAUGUAUUGAUCCAACUUUAAUUAAUAGUUGGAUUUUACAAGGAUUACUUACCCAAUAUGAUGACCCAGAAAAAUCAUUGGAUUUAUUAUAUCAUUCCACCACUUUAGGAAUUCAUGAAGAGAGCAUAUGUAAUUUCAUACAAUUAAACUUCAAAAAUAUAGAUAUUAAUUCUAAAGUACUGAAACCAUCUUACCAAACAUUGCACAGUAUAGAUGUACUAACUUGGCUUACAUCAAAAAAUCCCAAACACAGCUGGGGCCUUAAUGCAUUAUCCAUGUUAUUCAAACAUUGUGGUCUUUAUAAAAAUGCUAUUAAAUAUGCCAAGAAAGCUGAAGAAUGUUGUGAUUCAGAAAAUAAAGUAAUUAUUCAAAGGAAUUUAGCAUUCAGUCUUCUUAAAGCUGGUUAUUAUCAAGAAGCUAUUCAGAAAUACAAUGAAAUAGAUGAAUUGAAUGUAAAUGAUAGAUCUGGAAUGGCUCUUUCACUUUAUAAGACCAAUAAAUUUCAAGAGGCAUAUGCUAUUUAUGAGUCUUUAACAGAUAGUAAAAUUGAUAUUGGUAUUGUAUCAUCUGCAUACUUAGCAAUGGCUUCAAUUACUUUUAGUAUAAAUCAAGACUUUGAAAAAGCUAAAAUAUUAUUUUUGAAAAGUAUACAAAAUAAUAAAGCAAAUGUACAAGCUCUUCUUGCAACUUUUGCUCUUGGUAUUGUAAUACGUGAUAUAAACUUAUCAAAAAUUGUUUUACAAGAAUUGCAUACAUACAAAGAUGAUUCUGUAUACAUGAAAGAUAUAAUUCGCUUUAUGGCAUAUUUCUAUUACAUGAAUCGACAACCAACUGUCUCACUACGCAUAAUCAGUCGUUAUGUCCACAGCUAUCCUGAUAAUCCACAUUUGAUGGUAAAUUUGGGUUAUAUUUUAAUAUAUUAUUAUAUGGCAAAUAAAUCUAAGUAUAAAAGAGGUUUGGGACCUCAUUUAUUUGAAUGUGCUACAAUUGUUAGCAAUAAACAAUGGGAACUUAGUCAAGCAUUAUUAUUAACUAGCAUUUGUAAUCUAUUUGAAGGAAACUUAAAAAUGUGUUUGAAAAAUGUUUCAAGAGGAAUCCAUAUGUAUCCUACUUCAUCAGAUCUUUGGACUGUACUUCUAAAUGCUAUUUAUUGUCGUGGUAAUGUGAUUAAUGCUACAUUUUUAAAAAUUUAUAUUGGUUUUGUUUUAAAUAACUUAAAUCCUGAAGAACAUUUAAAAUCUAAUCUUUUAAAACUUCAAAAUCAUAUUCCAUAGUUAUUAGUGAUCCAUUUAAUUAUAAUUAUUAAUUGAUUGUAUUAACAUUUAAAUAAUUUUUAAAAUAAAAAGUGUAAUUAUUUUAUUA